AUGAGAAUACGAAAACAUGAUUUUGUUUUGAUUGAUGACGAGAUGAAAUGUCGAUUACACAAAAUAGUUGACAUGAAAAUAAAGAUUAAAAAGAAUUAUAUAAAUUUAUUAUUUCUUAUAAAUAAAAAAUAUGGAUCUACAUUUACAUUUAUAAAUAAUAAAUGGAUAAGAAGUAAGAAGAAUACAUCUAAAUUAGAUAUUGAUAAUAAUAUAGAUAUUGAAGGAACUAAUAAAGAUAUAUAUUAUAAUAAUAAUUCUCAAAAAUUAACAGAAGAAAAUAUACAUGAAUUAAAAGAAAAUAAUUAUGAAAAUCCAUAUGAGGUUAUACAAAAAUUAGUAGAUAAUUCUUCAACAUUUAAAGAAAAAACUAUUAUAUCUAAAUUUAAAUAUAUUGAAAAAAAAUUAAAAAGACAUUUUUGUCAAUUCACAAUAUAUGAAUGUAAUAUAUCGAAUUUAUUACAUUUUUAUUAUAAAUAUUUUCCAGAGAAAAUAUCAAAUGUGAGGAUAGAUUAUUUAGCAAACAUUCUUUUUCAUUUGAAUAAGGAUCCUAAUGAGAAGGAUAAAAAGCAAAAUAUCAUAAAUGAUUCUUUAAGCAUGACAUUGGAAGAAACAAAUACAACUAACAAUGAAAAUAAUAAUAUUUAUAAUAAUAAUAAUAAUAAUAAUAAUAAUAAUAUUCCUUCUUGUAGUUGCUAUUAUAAUCAUAAUGUCUUAAUUUACGAUGAUACAUUCGGUUUAAUGACAAGUGUUAUUAAUAUUACCUAUGACUAUAAUGUUAAUAUAUUUUCUCUUGUAUAUAAAAAUUCAUGUAGCUCCAUAAUACCCAGUUUUGGAAUUAAAAAAAAUACAAACAUUUUAAAAAUUAAUAUAUUAAAUUCAAACUCAAAGGGAAGUAUUAAUAAGGAAAGGAUAAAAUCGACUGAUACGGAUAUGGAUAAAUUUAUGUCAACAAAUAAUAAUAAUAAUAAUAAUAAUAAUAAUAAAAAUAAUCAUCAUAAUAAUAAUCACAAUAUUGCACUUGUUGAUGAUAAUUAUAAUAUAAUAUACAAAAUGAAUAAUAAUUCUUUCAAUAAUGAAAAUAAUUCUCUCAACAAAGAUAUUACUAUAUCACAAAAUAAUAAUCAAAUUAUAGAACAUAAGAUAUUGUCUAAUGUAUGUGAGGAAAAAAUAAAUUCUGAAAAAACUCAUUCUUAUAAUAUUAAUUCUGAUAAUUUAAAUGAACAAUGUAAUAAUCAAAAUGAACUAACAAGCCAUAAUGUCUCAGAAUUUAGUUGUCAUGAAAAAAGAAAAUUAAAUGAUAUAAGUAACAUAAAUGAUAUAUCCAAUGAACCAAAUAAAAAAAUAAAAAACUAUCAAGACAAUCAUAAUAUGAAUAAAGAAAAUGUCAUAAAUUAUGAAGAAAUAAAAAAAGAAAUUAUGAUACAAGAUUUAUAUCAAAGGAAAGCUGAAUCAUUUGUUAUUAUAAUCUCAAGUGAAUUUAUUUAUAAUACAAAUACAAAUUUAUAUUUAUUAAUUAAUACUUUAAUUAAUGUUUCUUUGAAAUAUCUAAAUAAUGAUAGUAAACUUAUAUUCUAUUCAGAUGAUUUUAAUAUAUUAAAUAUGUUCUUAAAAAUUUUAAUUAAUACAAACUCAUUUAUUCAUAUUAAAUUAAAUGAAUAUAUCUUAAGAGAACAACAAAUCAUUAAAAGAAGGACACACCCAGUUAUUAAAAAUGCAAAACUAUCAGAUGGAUUUUUAUUAACAGCUUUAAAAGUUCAAAAUUGA